AUGGAACAUAACACCAUUAUUGCACUUGUCGCAACGGCGUCGUCGGCAGCGAUAAUUGCAGUCUCGAGCACUAUUAACGCAGCUAAACACUGGAAGCAGGUCUCGUCCAAGCGAAAGGGAAAUUACGAGGAAAUUGGGACAGGUGUCUACCAAGAUGAGGACGGUACAGCUACAGAGGAAUCGGAGGCCAGGUACUCGACCUAUGUGCAGAAGGUUUUCAUUCUGUUUGGGGCAGCGCUUGGUGUUGGGUUUUCUUUACCAAUUGCAAUAAGAUCCAUGAAAGAUAUGGAAAGCCUUGUAUAUGUCUCAAAUUGGCUGGUAUUUGUCUCAUGGUGUUUUAUUACUAUUCGUGCCAUAUGCGUCAUACAAUUACGAGGAAAGCUUCAAACGUUCUACGCUUCCUGUCAAUUGGCAGGAGUGGGCGCCAUUCUUCUCGUCGCACAAUUAGUCUUAGCUUCAAUGAUACGUAGUGACUUGUCUCCUUGGCUUGAACUUGGUCUUGUUGCUGGCCGCAUGUUUGCCGCCUUCGUUUUAAUUUUCUCCUCUCUUUCGGUCCCAAGGCGGCCUGACGUUUACUUCAAUGGCCAAAAGGUGGAUGAAAUGCGUUCAGUGAGCUUGUUUUCCCGCUAUACCUACACAUGGGCUGGAACGCUUCUCAAGUUAGCUUUCCAAAGAGGUCGCCUAGAGGAACAUGAUUUGCCAGUGUUAGAUUCAAAGAGAAGGGCGCGCGAGUUGCAAAAUUCGUUCAGCCAGGUAGCGGAAUCUCCUAGGCUUUAUUAUCAAAUUUACUUGGCCCACUGGAGAACAGUCAAUAUCCAGUGGACACUGUCUCUGAUGAAUGCAUUCACAACCUUUGCGCCCCAAUACAUCAUGUUCCAGCUUCUAAAGAGCUUGGAAAAAAGAAGCGCUGGAGUUGAUGCCCGUUACGAAGCCUGGUUUUGGCUUAUUUGUCUGGGCUUGACAAAAUUAGUUGACUCAGUAAUCGCAUCGUAUUUAUACUGGCUAUCCUAUAUGGGAUUAAUGAUUCCAGUCCGAGGACAGCUUUCUGCCAUAGUGUUCUCUAAAACUAUGCGAAAGAAGGAUGUUAAGGGAAUGCAAACGGGAAAGGAUUCAGAAACCACAGAUGAUGCAAAUGAUAACAAUAAAACCACCCCCGGGGCCAAUGACGAUGAGGACGAACUGAAGAAUAUGAAGCAAGGGACAAUCAACUUGCUUGCCAUUGAUUCUUCGCGAGUUGCCGAGUUCACUUCCUUCAGCUGCGCCUUCUUCCAGGCGAUCUUUGAGAUGUUCUUUGGGUUUUCGUUGCUCAUUAAUAUUAUCGGUUGGAAGAGUAUGGUUGCGGGCCUUGGUGUAGUUGCUGCGACGACUCCUUUUAAUGUAAUCGUUUCGAAGAAGUAUUCUGCGGCUCAGGACAAUCUGAUGAAAGUGAGAGACCGUAAAAUGGCCGUCAUCUCGGAAGCUCUUCAGGGUAUUCGGCAAAUCAAAUUCUCUGCUUUGGAAACGCAAUGGGAAAAUCGGAUUCGGGCUGUACGGAACGAUGAGCUCAAGACUCUACGUACUGUCUUCACAACUGAAGCUUGUUUGAUUCUUUUCUGGAUAAUGAAUCCCGUAUUGCUCUCAGUAGUUGCUCUGAGUUCCUAUGCUAUAAUUUACGGGACUUUAUUGCCCUCCGUAGCGUUCACUGCAUUGGCAGUCUUCAGCGAGUUGGAAUUUGUCCUAUCGGUUAUUCCGGAGCUCACAACAGAUGCUUUGGAUGCAUAUGUCAGCACAAAGCGCAUAAAAGAUUAUCUUGAUUCUGCUGAAAAAAGCUUCAAGCCUACACCGUCCAAAAGAAUUGCGAUCAAUAGUGCCACAAUUGCUUGGGCCGCCGAUUCGGAAGAUCAAAAAGACAGAUUCUGUCUUCGUGACGUAAACCUUGAAUUUCCUAUUAAUGGGCUUAGCGUCAUAUCAGGAAGAACGGGUUCUGGGAAGAGCUUGCUGCUUGCAGCUCUAUUAGGCGAGGCAGAUGUUUUGAGUGGAGACAUUGAGAUGCCAUUACCCCCGUUGCCUGAAGAGAGAUUCGACGCGCAGGCCAACCCAGGAAAUUGGAUUUUACCGUCAGCUGUAGCAUAUGUUGCUCAGAUCCCAUGGAUUGAGAAUGCCACCAUCAGGGAGAACAUAUUAUUUGGUUUACCAUAUAUUGAGUCGAGGUACAAACAAACUUUGGCAGCAUGCGCUUUACAGAAGGACCUUGAGAUGCUCUCGGACGGAGAAUUCACUGAGAUUGGUGCAAGCGGAAUAAACCUCAGUGGUGGUCAGCGCUGGAGGGUAUCAUUUGCACGUGCUGUUUAUUCUCGUGCAGGGAUAUUGAUCCUUGAUGAUAUAUUCUCAGCUGUCGAUGCCCAUGUAGGAAAGCAUCUUUUUAAGAACGCUCUCGUUGGAAACCUCAUGCAAGACCGAACCCGUAUUCUUGUUACCCACCAUCUUAAACUCUGCAUCUCUAAAGCAAAAUAUGCGGUUUCGCUGGAGAACGGGGUUAUUCAACAUUCAGGUUCGGUGGAGAAGCUAAUCCAAGAUGGAAUCCUGAAAGAGAUUAUUGCAGCAGAUGAGAACGAGGAUCAAGCAGUUGAAGAAAUUAUCGACGAAGUAAAUGAAGAUUCCGAUCUGAAUAAGGGUGAUAGCAAGCCUCAGACUACACCUCUUAAAUUUGUGCUGGACGAGGAGCGUGAAAGAGGUGCAGUAAAGAAAGAAAUCUAUCUUGAUUACAUUCUUUCUAGUGGCGGAAUCAUCUUUUGGAUAUUUAUAGUUUCCUCUUUCCUUGGACAGGAAAUAAUGCUAUUAUCAAGAAGCUACUGGUUGAAAAUGUGGACCGCAGAGGGCGUACAAGCAUCUGUAGCUCUUAGCCCACAAUCUCUUAUUCAUACUUCCCUCCAGCGACUUAUGACUGUUGUUCAGGAGGAACGUUCUCUGUUUUACUGGAUCGGCGUUUAUUCUGGCCUAAGUGUAGCUGUCUGCAUUAUCGGAGUUGCGAAAUAUGUAUUGGUCUAUAUUGCUUCAUUGAAGGCUUCUAAGGACCUGUUUGAACGAAUGACAUUUACCAUCUUGCGAACUCCACUGCGCUGGCUAGAUACAGUCCCUACUGGCCGGAUUCUCAACAGGUUCAACAAGGAUUUUGAGCUUUUCGACUCAAAGCUUUCGGGAAAUAUAGCCAUGUUGGUUUAUCAUUCACUGGCACUCAUGGGAGUUAUCGCUGCUGGUGUAAUACUUUCUCGAUGGAUGCUUUUGAUGGCUUUAGUCUUGCUCUUCAUCAAUAUCAUCUAUGCGAUGUACUAUCUCGCGGGUGCUCGUGAAGUAAAAAGAUUAGAGAGCAACAGUCGUAGCCCAAUGUUUGAGCUUUUUGGGUCAACAUUAAGCGGAGUUGGAACCAUCAGGGCGUUUGGCAAAUCCGAGGAAUAUAUCGAUAAAAUGUUCAAGAAAAUUGAUAUCUUUAGCCAGCGUACUUUUUAUGUUUGGUUGUUCAAUAGGUGGAUGGGUCUCCGUAUGUCUGCAAUUGGAGGAUUCUUUUCUGUUAUUGUUGGGGCAGUAAUUGUCGCCGUUCCGAAUAUCGACGCAAGUUUGGCUGGGUUUGCCUUGUCUUUUGCUCUCACCUACACUAUUAAUGUCAUAUGGACAAUCCGGCGGUAUGCAAAUACCGAGCUUGAUAUGAACAGUACCGAACGUAUUAUUGAAUACACCAGACUUGCUACCGAGGACAUCGAUGGUAUAGCUCCGCCUGCAGCAUGGCCACAGGAGGGCAGAGUCGAAUUCCAAGACCUAGUAGUAAGCUAUGCUCCAGAAUUACCUCCAGUGCUGAAGGGUAUCUCGUUCGAUAUCAAGCCGAGGGAGCGAGUUGGUGUUGUUGGACGCACUGGUGCCGGCAAGUCCUCCAUGACGUUGGCUCUCUUUCAAUUUAUACGUGCUUCCUCGGGGUCGAUCUAUAUCGACGGUCUUGAUAUUUCCAAGAUUUCACUGCAAGAUCUUAGAAGCCGGUUGGCUAUCAUUCCUCAAGACCCUGUUCUCUUUUCUGGCACUAUUCGUUCUAAUCUCGACACAUUUGAGGAGCAUAGCGACCAAGAGCUUCGGGAUGCUUUAGAACGUGUUCAUCUAGUCAGGUCAUCUAGUAGCGGUACAGCAACGCCUAACUCACUAGGCUCGACAAAUGCAAAUAUCUUCGAAAGCCUUGAUUCAAAGAUCUCUGAAGGUGGUCUCAACUUGAGCCAAGGGCAAAGACAGCUCCUAUGUCUCGCUCGUGCAAUUGUAUCUCGGCCAAAGAUUUUGGUUCUUGAUGAGGCCACCAGCGCAGUCGAUAUGCAAACCGAUGCCUUGAUCCAAAGAAGUAUACGUGAAGAGUUCACAGACUGCACAACGUUAGUGAUUGCGCAUAGACUGCAAACUGUAGCGGAUUAUGAUAGAAUACUUGUCCUCGGUGAUGGAAAAGUCAUUGAGUACGACUCGCCGUGGAAUCUACUCCAGAGCAACGGCAUGUUCCACGACAUGGCCCAACAGAGCGGUGAUUUCGACACAUUGGUCAGUAUUUCCAAGAAGGCUGCAGGGCGGGAAUAG